AAUGACAUUCGAAUUCUGGCUCUCCUUCCAUCCACAGACAGAACUGCGCCGCUACGGGGACGAUUCGAAACUCACAACCUCAACAAUGACAACGAGACCAGCAACAAGGCUGAUAAAACUGGGUACGAGGCAGUGUUCUACAACAAAACAACCCCUCCUACUAUGGGAUCCAUUGUCAUAGAGUCUACAAUUGUCGUCAUUCCUGUGCAUCUGCAACGUGCACUUUUCUGGUUGCGCCAUGCGCAUAAAGAGAGGCGACUGUGGGCAGAUGCUAUUUGCAUCAAUCAUUCUGAUCUUCUAGAAGAAUUCACGCAGAUCUCAUUGUUCCCCCAGAUCUUCAAACGCGCUACAAAGGCCAUUGCGUGGGUAGGCGAA